AUGCAAUCCAUGUGCGUUUUAGCUAUCCCUUAGUUCCAUGUGUUAACAAGCUUAGUUGGCCUCAUUAAUUUCAUUUUGCAGAUGGAGAAGUAAGAAAUACAUUAAUCGAAGUUACUCUGAAUAGUAGUUACCAUUAACCUUUGGAAUUUUAUAGUUUUUAAUCAGUAUGAUCAUCUUGGGGCUUGCUUUUGCUAGACCUCGAUAUGCGAUUAAUAAAGCCUACAUUAUUUGCCUUAUUUUUCUGUUUCUAGGGAUUUCACUCUAUUUAAAUAUAGCGAAUUUUAGAAAGGACAGUUUAAUCCUGAUGAUAUUAUAAUACCUAUCGAUUGGGAUGAUCUGUUCAUUGAUGAUAUUACCAAAUAAGAUGAUUGGCCUGGUUAUUUAAAUUCAAAUUUAUAUUGUAGCAGUUGUUUUAGACUUGAUGUCUUUUUAUUUAUAGUAUUUUUUGAUUUAGAUGUAGUUACAUUCUGGGGAAUUUCAACUUCAACAGAGCAAUUUCAAUAGUAGGUUCUGGAGGGAUGGAGGCCAUCACUUUGAUUUUGUGUAUCGUGUGUUAGGUUUAUCCUCAAAAAAGAUUGGCUGACGAAGCUCACCUGAUAGUGGGGUUUUACAUCUUUUGUGAACUAUUCGUCAGCUGUACCUUCGUUGCAGAAUGUGCGAAUGUAAUUAUACAAAUAUCAAUUAAUUAGCAAGAAGCAAAUAUUGCAUUAAUUGGAUUUACAAUUUUGAAAAUCUCCAAUAUUUUUUUGGAUUUGAUUCUGUAUUCCUUUUUGAAGUUGAACUACCCAGAGAAUCAGACAAGAUCAGCUAGAGUUGAUAUUGAGAACCCUCCCCAGAAGUUGGAUCUAAGGAGUGUGGCAACUAGGGAAACACUCAGUGAAUAUUCGAAUGCCUUGUAAAAAAGUGUGUAGGAACCAAUUCCUCACACAAGAAAGGCUUGUCCUUCAGUGUAAUGGAUUUAGUAUUUACUAAAUAUAUAUUGA